AAGUCGGCGUCAUUUGAGUUUAACUUCUUUUUUUUUUCCUUUUUCUCCUCAGUCUUUUAAUUUAAACGAGAAGCCCAGAAACAAAUAAAAACAGGUGUGGAAAAUGGCGACAGGUAGAAAACAGAUGAAGAGAAAACACCUGGAGGAGAAAACGGAUAAAAAGGUUUUUGAAUUUACUCAAGAAGAUGAGAAGAAAGAGCUGAGUGGGUCAGAGGAUGAGGUCAGAGAAGAUGAAACUCCAAUUGUGGACAAGCUGGCAAAGAAGAGACCUGCAGCCGAGUUCGAGGAGGAGGGGGUCACCUGUGCAGUCGGAAACGAGGUUCACUCCAUGUUGGAAAAAUUUGGGGCUGAUAUCAACAAGGUGAUGCAGGCCAAGAAGAAGCGCCUGGAGUCUCUGACAAAAAACUAUAUGAAGGGAAGUCAGCAGAAACUGGAGCAACUGUGGAACAACUAUCAGGGACAAAGGAAGAAGAUGACUCAGCAGUACUCUCAGCAGGUGUCCUCUGCCCUGCAGCAGUGGGAGACUGAAGCCCAGAGAGCCGAGGAGCAGGAGGAGAAGCUCAACAAUUUGUUCCGGCAGCAGCUGAAGGUCCUGCAGCAGGCCAGAGUGGUCCAAAACCAGAAGCUGAAAGCCGUCAGAGAGAUGUACGAGCAGUUUGUAAAGAACAUGGAGGACAUGGAGAAGAACCACGAGAUGUUCCUGCAGGGGGCGCAGCAGGAGCUGAGGAAGGAGAUGGCUGCCCUGCAGAAGAAGAUCCUGAUGGACACGCAACAGCAGGAGAUGGCCACAGUUCGUAAGUCGCUCCAGUCCAUGCUUUUCUAACCUGAUGUCGCCGUGGCAACUGUUCCAGAUGUUCCUGCUGGUGUUCUUUGUCCCAGAAACAUUUUAAAAAGUCUUGUCCAUCUUCU